AUGCCUAAGAACAUAUAUGCACGUGAUCUGGAGAUCGAUCUCGAUUCCAGGGAAGAGACUGAAUACUUUAAAUGGUUCCUAGCCUGCCUUUUGUUCGGGAAGCCUGUACAGCAGAGUGUAGCAAGACGCGCAUAUUUUGAACUUGUCGGCAACGGCAUUACGUCUCCGGAUGCGAUUCAGCAGGCUGGUUGGGAUCGUCUCGUUGAGAUUCUCGACGAAGGCCAUUAUGUCCGGUACGACUUCUCAACCGCCACCAAAUUGCUCGACGUAUCGUCCACCCUCAAGAAAAAGUAUGGAACAUUUUCCAACUUGCUAUGGGAGUGCGCAACACCAGAUGAGGUGUCGACACGACUGCAGGAAUUUAAAGGAUUCCAUUCGGUUGGCGAUACUCAACGUCGUAUCUUUCAAUCGUCCACGUCUCAUGUGUAUCCAUCUGCAACUACAAUGUCCUCCAAUUCGUUUGCUCCAGAGAUAGGUUUCAGUAGUCAGUCUCCAAGUUUAGACGAAUGCAUGAGAGAUGAAUUUGCCUCGUCAGCCUCGGACGAUCCUCGCCGUUUGCACACGGGGAAGCGAGGCCGACCCCCAAUCGAUCUAACUCAUGAAGGGCUGGUGGAUAGGCGCCGCAACCAGGUCCGAAAAGCACAGCGGAACUACAGGAUCCGGAAAGCGGAGGAAGCGAUUAUUCGCAGAAACUACGUGGCAGAUCUUGAAAGCCAAAUCGACCGUAUGAGACAGUCAUUUCUUGAGCUGAGCUCCCACAUUAGAAAGGCGACAGUUCUUCCUGGGGUGCCGGACCUCGAACGUCAACUCCAGAAUAUCACUCAUAACUUCUUACCCGCUUCUCAAGACAGCGAUGCUCCCAGCAGAUCACCACCGGACGAUUCAGAUAGGAAUCGUGACCGCUCGAGAGAUGGUCCCAUUUCACCAAGACUCGACGAUUACACCUCCUGUGCUACGACAUCGCUGGUGCCAGCCACAGAAUCUAUCCAAAUGUCAACGCCUAUUCGUGCGUCCGCUGUAGGUUUCCCGCUUUCUCUUUUCGGAAUCCAAGCUCCGCUGCCGAGGAAUUUCGCCCAACGCCUCUAUUCAAGUUGCAUCAAGCGGGCUUACCACCUGCUCACCAGCCCAUAUGCGGAAAGAACGGAAGUUGCCCGCGUUUUCCAGUAUUCAUUCCAGUUUUCGGAUGCCAACACUAUGAUAUUGACCUUCGAUACCUUGCUACGGACCAAUGGUGAUUACCAGACCGCACGUGUUUAUAGGUUGGGUGGUGCGGGGACUCACUAUACGAAGACACCGCCAGAAUGGAGUAUUGUCAAAUAUACCCCGUUAAGCGAACAGACGCCAUUUGAGAAUGAUGAUGACAUAUGGUUUGAUUCCCGAGAUAUUGAGGGGUGGCUCGAAGAAAAUGGACUCGCUAUUGGAGGUACCCAGUCAUUCAUGUAUUUAUCGGAACUCCCUUCGUUUCGGCUGUGCCAGCAUAUGACACUAUGUAAUGGACAUGAGCCUGGCGAGUCUCCAGAGCUGUCUGAUCAGCGAGUUGCCAUGGUCCUUGACGUGGACAAAUUUCUUGAAGGGCUCCUUUCGAGGGGCGUGUGUCUGGGCAAUGCACCGGGAUUCCGUCGCUGUGAUGUCGAAGCGGCGUUCAACCUCGCGAUAACUGAUGAAACGGCUUUCGUUCGUGAAUAA